GGAAGAGGAGCCUUUGGUGUGGUCUGCAAGGCAAAAUGGCGAGCUAAAGAUGUAGCCAUUAAACAAAUAGAAAGUGAAUCUGAAAGAAAAGCCUUCAUUGUAGAGCUUCGACAACUGUCACGAGUAAACCAUCCCAAUAUUGUCAAGUUGUAUGGAGCCUGUCUAAACCCAGUGUGUCUUGUUAUGGAGUAUGCUGAAGGAGGUUCUCUAUACAAUGUGCUGCAUGGUGCUGAACCUCUGCCUCAUUAUACUGCUGCACAUGCCAUGAGUUGGUGUUUACAGUGUUCCCAAGGAGUGGCAUAUCUCCACAGCAUGAAACCAAAGGCUCUAAUUCACAGAGACCUGAAACCACCAAAUUUGCUCUUGGUAGCUGGGGGCACAGUUCUAAAAAUCUGCGAUUUUGGUACAGCCUGUGAUAUUCAAACACACAUGACCAACAACAAGGGAAGUGCUGCUUGGAUGGCACCUGAAGUUUUUGAAGGUAGCAAUUACAGUGAAAAAUGUGACGUUUUCAGUUGGGGUAUUAUUCUCUGGGAGGUAAUCACCCGUAGGAAACCUUUUGAUGAGAUUGGUGGUCCAGCUUUCCGCAUAAUGUGGGCAGUUCACAAUGGUACUCGGCCACCACUGAUCAAAAACUUACCUAAACCAAUUGAGAGUUUAAUGACCCGCUGUUGGUCCAAGGAUCCCUCGCAACGACCAUCUAUGGAGGAAAUCGUUAAAAUAAUGACACACUUGAUGCGGUACUUUCCAGGAGCUGAUGAACCUCUGCAGUAUCCUUGCCAGUAUUCAGAUGAAGGCCAAAGCAAUUCUGCCACUAGUACAGGUUCCUUCAUGGACAUUACUUCUACAAACACAAGUAACAAGAGUGACGCUAAUGUGGAACCAAGUGACUUCCAAGGAGCUUCUACCAAUGACACUAUUAAACGUUUAGAGUCAAAAUUGGCGCAGCAAAUGAAAAAUACAGCCAAGCAGCCGGGUGAUCCUGGCCGCUUGAGUUUACCCCCGUCUCGUGGGAGCAGUGUGGAGAGCCUGUCAGAUGUUCGCGCACGACCACAGUCAGCCCUUGUUUCAGGAGACGCCAAAAGAAUGAGUGCUGACAUGUCUGAAAUAGAAGCAAGAAUAGCUUCCAUCACAGCCUAUUCCAAGCCUAAACGAGGCCAUCGUAAAACUGCUUCAUUUGGCAACAUUCUGGAUGUCCCUGAGAUCAUCAUACCAGCAGGAAACGGACAGCAGAGACGCAGAUCCAUUCAAGAUCUCAGUGUUGCUGGAACAGAGUCCAGUCAGGAGAGUAGAAACAGCAGUAGAUCAUCCAGUCCUAGUGUGAGAAUGAUCACUACCUCGGGACCAAGCUCUGAGAAACCAACUCGUAACCCAUGGACACCUGAUGAUGCAGCUGCUCUUGGAGAUAGCAUAGUCUUUGAGGGCCACACCUUAGUUUCUCUACCACGACUACUCUGUGGCAGGUGCUUUUGGGGUAUGGAGACCAAUGGGUCAGAUAACUCCAUCCCAAUGGCAUAUCUUACGUUAGAUCAUCAGUUACAGCCUCUAGCACCGUGCCCAAACUCCAAAGAAUCCAUGGCUGUGUUUGAACAGCACUGCAAAAUGGCACAAGAGUAUAUGAAAGUUCAGACUGAAAUUGCAUUGCUGUUGCAGAGGAAACAAGAACUUAUAGCAGAACUGGACCAGGAUGAAAAAGACCAGCAAAACACAUCCCGUCUUGUACAAGAACAUAAAAAGCUGUUAGAUGAAAACAAAAGUCUAUCAACUUACUAUCAGCAGUGCAAAAAACAAUUAGAGGUCAUCAGAAAUCAGCAACAGAAACGGCCAGGCACAUCAUGAUUUCCUGGGACCUUUCAAAUGGAAAAUAUGCACAGAAAAGACUGAUUUAUCUUUUUUUUAAUUGUUAUUAUCCUUUACUAUGACAAUUCAUGAGUGUUAGCUUCUUGGUGUGAUCUGUAUUUGUCUGCUACACUUAACAUCAUUUAAUUUUCUUUUUCCUAUGGUGGACAUCCGGUUCAACAGGUUAAUCGAAUAAGGUGAGAAAACAGUGACUUGAAUUAACCCACAGCCCUCAGUUUAAAGCAAGAACAGCGGCUGUAUGCAUGCUCCUUGUGUGAAGGCAAGCCUAACAAAUGUUAAAGUGGCUGCUAAACUGUAAGAUCUUGGUUUUAGUUUCUGGUAUUACCUCGAAAAGAGCAAAACAAAGCCUUUCCUGUUUAAGAAUGGUUUUGUUCCAGUGUCUCAUCUCAAACUAUUAAUAUGACGAUUGUUUUCAGGACUUAAACAUGCACCAAGCUGCAGAGGUGAUGCUGGCUGACCAGAGCGAUUCAUGAUGCAUUAGUGAUGCCUUCUACCUGUAGACAUAGUGUAUUUUUUCUACAUGCAAAAUGGUAGGCAAACUGAUGCCAGCAUCCUUGAUUCAGUGCUUGAUAACCCUGCAUAUUGACUAAUACAUUUCUUGUAAUCUUGCAUUCAUAAAAUAUUUGAAGUAAAA